GCGCGGCUGCAGGACGGCAUCUCGACGCUCAACGUGCUGGGCGGCCGCGGCGAGGAGUGGGGCCCCAAAGUGCUGCCUGGUGCGAUCCAGCGCCAGGCUUUGGCCAGCUUGGCCCGGGCCUACUUUGCCGUGCCGCCGCCGCCCGACGACCUCACCGCCUCGGGAGCGUGGUCUGCGCUUCGGGGCUGCGGUUCCGGCUACGCCGUCGCAGGUGUUGUCGCCGGAGAGUUCGCGACCUACCAGCGCGGCAGGCUUGCCCUGCCAGCGGUCGGUAACCAGGCGAUCGACCUCGUCAGUUGCCUGCCCGACCACUACCAGAAGUUGCUGGAGGAUAGUGGCCGCGCUAUUCGGCUACCAGCAGUGUGUACAAAGGACGUGGCGGCAGAGGUGGACGAGUUGGGCCCUGCGAUGGAUCCCAUCCUGGCUAGGUCGCCCAGCAAGUACGCCGAGUUUUUGAUGUCUGCAUUCGAAUCGGGUGUCGUCGAGCCGGCGACUGAGGUUCGCAGUUUUGUGGGAGUCUUCUUUGUGCGUAAGAAGGACGGCUCGUUGCGGAUCAUCUUCGACCCUCGGAAGACGAACUCGCAGUUUGUACCUCCAGAUAGUGUUGCUCUGGCGUCUCCUGAGGCCCUGGGUGAUCUGGAGUUGCCUGCAGGCCAGCGGUUGUGGGUCAGUGAGGGCGAUGCCGAGAACUGCUACUACCAGUUCCUGCUGCCUGACGACCUGAGGGCCGACUUCGUGUUGCCUGCGGUGCCUCGGAAGCUGCUGCCGCGGAGUCUGCGCCGCCUGUUUCCGCCCGGGCACGACUUCGUUCACUUUCAGGUGCGCGUGGUGCCGAUGGGCUGGAGCUGGGCCGUGGCGCUGGCGCAGGCGGCGAACGGGGAGCUGCUGCGAGCUGAUCCGCAAGGGGCCCGCCGCUGGAUCUGCACUCGCCGCUGCGCGCCGGCUGUCGCCGGUCGAGAGCCCGCUGCUCUCCUGUACAUCGACAACUUCGCCUCGCUGGGGACCGUAAAGGAGACAGUCCAGCUCGACGGUGACUCGAUGGAGAGACAGCUGAGGGGCCGUGGUCUGACUACUCACGACUUCUCGGGGCCGCAAGUUGACGUGGACCUGCUUGGGUUCCACGUCGACGGGGUGAAGGGGGCGAUUCACAUCGCGCCCAAGCGGUUCUGGAGGCUGGUCCUGAGUCUGGACUACAUCCUGAAGCACCCCCUCCUGACGGGAGCCGAGCUGGAGCGGCUGAUCGGGCAUUUGACGUACGUGCUGCUGCUACGACGCGAGGUGCUCAGCUUGCUCAGUGCGUCCUACGUCUUUGUCGGCAAGUGCUACUCUCGGCGCGUGCGGCUCUGGCCUUCGGCGCGCCGAGAGCUGACCUGGGUGCGAGCGCUGCUGCCGCUGGUGUGGGCGGAUCUGCGCGGCGCAUGGGCCCCCAGCGUGAUGGCCGUGGACGCCUCGAUGACUGGCUUGGGCGCGGUGGAGCGCUCCGCGGACCCACGCGACGUCGGGCGGGCCGAGUUAGAGAACGCUGGAG